AUGGUUCAAGGUGUUGAGCUUCUUGAGCGGGAACUUGAUAACCUCAACUGUUAUAGUAAUGACGCAGUUACUCUAGACCUUACCAAGGAUGCAUACGGGGAAAAUGGACAGCUUCCUUGUUGCAAGGAGCAUAAAAACCAUAGCAAGGUCUCUGUUGAGCCAGUGUCAGUUAAUCAUGCACAUCACGACCACCACCAUGUGGGUUCAGAGAAUCUUACAGUCAAAAAGUACUCCAUUGAUGGUGGAAGUCUGGCAGCUAUAAAGCUUGCCGGUGAAAAGAAAAAGAAUAGGAAGCGUAUAAAGUUUGAUAAUGGACCAAAAUUUCCUAUUACUGGCCCAGUUGAGAUCUCUGCAUUAUACUCUGGUAACAAUAAGGAACCCGUCUUGAUUUAUGUCGGAAAGAAUGGAAACCAAAAUCCUACAGGUUGGUACAGGAGUGGUAGUUCUAACACAUGGACAAGAGCUACUGGACUAGAUAGUGUAACACCAGAAAAUAUUACCGAAUGCGCCAACUGGAAUAAUCUUGUAAAGGAACUUAAGUAUAGUGACAGUGACUUGCAAGAAUGUAAAGAAGCUAAACAAGAUAAACAACAAGAAGCACAACGUUCUGGAAGUGAAGAAUCUGAAGGACAAGGAUAUAAAGCUGAUGCUGGUGGCAAAGAAGCUAAAAAGGAUGAACCUGUUGAGAGUGUUGUUGGUAGUAGAGAAAAUGGUCUAGGAGAACCUGGUCAAGGUGUUGAUACUAGUGCUAGUAAUUAUGAAGACUCUGCUACUGUGCAUGAAUAA